AUGUCUUUUAUCCAAUGAAAAGUGACAGCGCAAAAAAAGCAAUCAACUUUCUCCCCAUAUCAAUGCUAUGAUCGACGGCGGACUGCAAAGUGGCAGACAGCAACAUAAUCACCUGGCACACACUUCCCGCCCGGCAUACCUUCUACGAGAGAAAAGUCAAUCACGGGGAAUCUGAUCUAAAUACGACUUGCUACGCGUAAAAAAUAAACCCGGUCCGAAUUAACUGCAAGGUUUCGCAAACGCCCGACGAUAACCUCGUUCAGUUCCAGUACCAAUCUCUCAGUCUUUCAAUCUCGAUACCUCCCUCGUCGAUACCCGUUGCAACGGUAGCCGUGCUAGCCUGCGACACCGAUUCGUCACCGAACGGCCUAGACCACCGCAACCCCCUAUCUCUGCAUCUCCCUCCAGCUUCCGAAACUAGCUCUAAGGGCGAAUACCUGGUCGUCCCGUCCUUUUCCCCCCCUUCACCGCAUCUUUUUCGGCCGUCUCCCCCCUAGAACGAGAACGAGAAGAACCCGCCCCCCUCUCCAUCGCAGUACAUCGAAUUUACAUCUCGCCCCAGCGGAAAACCUGUGUAUCGCCCACCCACCGCACCUACGGAAACCCAAGAAUGGCCGACCGUGCCCAUUACCGCGGCGGUCGAGGAGGCGGCGGACAUCCCCGCGGAGCGCGGGGCGGACGAGGUGGCGGGAGAGGCGGACACGGAGCUGACUCGGGCGCUAGCGGCGGCGGCGCAUCCCAGGAGCGGGAGCGUCCCAAGAAGGAGAACAUCCUAGACCUUAGCAAAUACGUCGAUAAGAGGAUCACAGUUAAAUUCAACGGCGGUCGAGAAGUUACUGGUACACUAAAGGGCUAUGAUGCGCUGAUGAAUUUGGUUCUUGACGAAGUACAAGAAGUCAUGCGAGACGAAGAGGGUAAGGAAGCGACCCGCUCACUUGGUCUGGUGGUUGCCCGAGGUACUCUGCUGGUGGUUAUCAGUCCAGUAGAUGGAAGCGAGGAGAUUGAGAAUCCCUUUGCUCAACAGUCGGAAGACUGAGGCUGUGAAGGAUGAGAUGUCCUCAAGGAGAUUAUGAUAAUGAGAACGUAUCGGGCUGUGAGACAUACUCUCCAGCUUUAUUAUGAGAGGAGGUACCUGGCAAUCAACUUCACCGAUUCACAAUCGGAUUUCAUGUUGAAAAGAGCCACGAUGUGGGCUGCAUGAGGAUAUAUCCUUCAUGUUAUGAAUGACCGGCGAACGAGAGGGACUCGUUAGCAGAUAAGUCACUGCGUUAUCGCCCAUCGGCAACGAGAUAAAAAGAAAACAACAUCAAACAACGUGUUUUAUUUUGAACGUGAAAGCAGGAGCCUCUCAUCAUGGUUGACGUUUGUAAACAUGAAAUAGGGAAACUCUACUGCUUACAUAAUAAGACAUGAAUGUUAAUUUG